GGAACGCGGGUGAGAAUACGAGAAGAGUGUCCUGAGUCUGAAGGUGUUUCAGGUGUUCCGCUGUUUCGUUGGUAACAAUGGAUCACGUCAAGGCAACCACAAAUUACUAUAUUUAUGAUGACAACUACAGCUUUUCACCAGAAACAGGCAGUAGCCAAUCCAGUGGCGUGCCCUGCAACCUGGAUGGCAUCAUGGACUUCACCCGGAGCUACUCCCCUGUGGUCUACAGCCUGGUGUUUGUGCUGGCGCUGGUGGGUAACAUCCUGGUGCUGUGUGUGCUGAUGCGCUACCGCACCUCUCAGACAGGUGGGACCUGCUCCUUCUCCCUCACCGACACCUUCCUGCUCCACCUGGCCGUGUCCGACCUCCUGCUGGCCCUCACGUUGCCCCUGUUCGCCGUCCAGUGGGCCCACCAGUGGGUGUUCGGCAUGGCCGCCUGCAAGAUUUCCGGAGCCCUGUUCUCUCUGAACCGCUACAGCGGCAUCUUGUUCCUGGCCUGCAUCAGCUUCGACCGCUACCUGGCCAUUGUCCACGCCAUCAGCACCGGCUGGAAACGCAACACCUGCCAUGCACAGAUUGCCUGCACCCUGAUCUGGACAGUGUGCUUGGGCCUGAGUGGGGUGGACAUCACCUUUAGACAAGUGGUGAAGGUGGAAGUGGGGCGCUCGGGGGAUCAUCAGGGCCUGCUGGUGUGCCAGACGGUGUUCCCCCACAGCUCAGUGCAGUGGCAGGUGGGGAUGCCACUAGUCAACUUGGUGCUGGGUUUUGGGCUGCCCCUGCUGGUCAUGCUCUACUGCUACAUCCGUAUCUUCCGCUCCCUUUGCAACGCCUCGCGCCGCCAGAAGAGGAAGUCCCUUCACCUCAUCGUCUCCCUGGUGUCCAUGUUUGUGCUCUGCUGGGCACCCUACAACUCCUUCCAAUUGGCCGAAAGCCUGAAGAAGCUGGGCGUGAUUAGUGGAGGCUGCCAGUUUGGCCGCACGGUGGACAUCGGGAUCCUGGUGUCUGAGAGCAUGGGCCUGUCACACUGUGCCCUGAACCCGCUGCUGUACUGCUUUGUGGGGGUGAAGUUUAGGAGGGAGCUGACCAGAAUGUGUAAGGGGCUGCUGGGACAGAGGUUCUAUCCAGGGAUGAAGGAAUGGGGAGGACAGAGGAAAACACGGAGGCCCACUAGGUCCUUCAGCUCAGCAGAGAGUGAGAACACCCACUCUAUCAUGGCGUGAGCCAGCCACGUGCACAGAUAGGGGUCUACCUGUGCCCGAGCACCUUUUUGUUGUUGUUCUGAACCCACAAGUCAUCGUAAAGUCGUCAAGUUCACCACCCCCAACCCCCCAUCCCAUUGGUCUGCCCUGUACAGAGCUUGCGUGUGCCUGGUAUCCAAACAUGCAUGGCUUGAAAUGCAGUCACCGGUCGAGUCUGUGUAGCAAGCUACCUAGUUUAAAUAUCAACAGUACUGCCACAGCAGCAUAACAUUUGAUCUACAUCAUCAUCAAUAUUUGGUUUGGCCUACAUAGCCUUCGAGCAGCAGAGAGGCAGAAGACAUAGAGAGGAGCAGCUGCAUUCAGGCUCUACAACCCUCUGACCCAUCUCAAUCCCUUCAUCAGUCAGGUGUUGCACAUGUGUGUCAGGGCAGCAGCAACACAGGUAGUCUAGACUUUAGCUAACCACCAUAUACUAAAAUAUCCACACAAGCCACCAGCCAACCAACCAUAUACUUACUAUAGCAUGAGUUAGAAGAGUAUGAAUAUUAUAGUAUAUUAUGAAGUUAUGAUUUAAGAGCAUUGAAGAGAAUCACAAAAAAUGCUAGUUAACUAUCAGAUUUACAUCAAUCAUCAACACAAUGAUCAGCUGAUAGCCUAUCCUCUUUACCCGAUGUCAGUCAUGUUUAGGAGGCACUUUAAAUAUAUAGGUUUAUGUUUUUGUUUUUUUAGGUAGUAUGUUAUACAUUUAGAGAUAUCAUUUUUUUAAAGGUGGUUGUCACUAGUUACCACAGGCACAAAGUCCAAAUUGGCUAUAAUGUAAAAAUUCAUGAAAACAAAUAUUAGCUUUUUGGUCUUAAUUUAAGGUUAGGGUUAGGCAUAAGGUUAGCAGUGUGGUUAGGGGUAAGGUUAGGUUUAAAAUCAGAUUUGAAGAAGAGAAAUUGUAGAAAUAGGCAGGAGUCUAGCCAUAAUUAUGACUUUGUGGCUCUGGUAACUAGUGAGGACCGUGAAAGGUCUGUGCAUCCCGGCCCAGGUGAGAGCCUGGAGAGAGGGAGAAAGAGAGAGAGGGAGCGGGGGAUGUGGAGACUGACAGAAAAAGAGAGAGGAAGAGAGAAUACAAGUCAAAAGGGGGACAGGUAAUAUUGAACUGUUGCUGAAAAGAGGAAACACAAAUUGUUUAUUGUGAAAAUGACAAAAUGGGAAAGAAAUACAGAUGUGCACAUUGUGUCAAAGUGAGGAAAAAAUGUAUGUUAUUUUGUUGUGAUUCGUUCCUCUGGUGCUUCCUGAUAGUGGCCCUGCUCCUACUGUAAUAGGUCAAAAUUAUGGUGCUUUUAAAGACAACACAUUCUCAGGGAGGACAUUUUUCAUAUAGUAGCCUAUUUUCACUCUCUUCUUGUAAUUUUGGUUAAUGAAAUUCUACUGUCCAUCCAAUCGUAUAGCCUUCCAAGUUAAAACCCCAUCUGCCUCUCGUGUGACCAUGUUAUCCCAUCUGCCUCUAGUGGUGUGACCAUGUUAACCCCAUCUGCCUCUAGUGUGAGCAGCAAAGACUGCAUAAUAUGAAGGUGAGCAGUGAACAAUUUCUCAAGCUGUUUGGUUUCCUGAUAAGUUGAUGACUAUAAUUUCAAGGAACUGGAUAAUUUCUUGCAAAAUAUAUAUUUUUAAAUGUAUGAAACCUACUUCCUCAAAAGGGCCAAGUCAUCACUAUAUGUGUUACUCAUAUGUUGCCUUGUGUUUUUGAAGGCAGCAAACACUGAUACCUUUCAAAUCCUGCAGCAAUAGUUUUUUCUUUGUUUGAUUGCUUCAUUUUUUCACUUGUUUUAGAGGGGAAACAAAGGUGUUAAGUAAGUCAUGACAGACAUGCAGCUUUACUUAUGGCAAAUGUCCACGUGUCCUUUGGUACCAGACUGUUAUUCAACAUUUUCUAAUUCACUUCUUUAGAUGAGAUUGUUAUACAUCAGUCAGCACAACACAUAUGUACAUAGGAUUGUAUACAUGUAUUUCUGUGUUGUAGAAAUCUUAGGAAGUAGAAUAAAACAUUGGGGGAAAUGUACUUUUGAUAUAUCAAUAAAUAAAUGAUAUGCAAAUAUC